ACCCCCCUUAUGUAUUUCGUUUUGGCGUGACUUGGAAUGUACAAAUUGUAUAAAUUAAAAACCAAAAUAAUAAGACGGGAUAACAAAAUAGUAAUAAGAGAGAAGAAAGAGCCAAAUUAAGAAUCCAGCACCGAAAUGAUAAUAAAAAAGGGAAAUAAUUAAGAAACAAAAAAUAAGUUAUCUCGUGAUGCUCAAAAAAAUAAUAGAGAAGUAAAAAAGGUAAGGGUCAACGUUUUCCAAGCCGCAAGCCGCAACAGGAGGAUGGACGGGCGAGAAAAUGGGCCUCGCAAGGUCGUAGGGCGUAGGGGACUAAAAGCCGGCGCAACUUUCUGGGUCUUGUCUGGGUCCUUGUCUCCAGUACUGGGUCUUGUGAAAGUUGCUAUGCUUGUAAUAUGCUGGUACGGGCUGCUAUGCUAUGUCGGAUUGAACAUUGAACCUGUUGCAAGUAAGUCUGGGGGUGGAGAAAUGGGUCCUUACGCCGUUAACGCUUGUUUCUGGGCUUUUGGGGAUAAGGGACAAGGGGAGAACAAGGGGGGCAAAGAGCUGAAGGGGGAAAAAAGACAUGGGGUGUUGGCGUGUUCUAGGGGGUACUGGGGGUUGAGUACGUUAAGGAAGAGCCGUGAGUCUAUUAAUAGCGCCUUUUAUAGUGUGCACCCCGUGGUUAUAGGGAUAUUACCAUACAUGAGUAGCGCGUGGCACGUAAACCUAGUCCCCAAUAGUGUAAUUUUAUGGAAGAGCAAGAAGGAAAGCACAUGCCAAGAACUAUGAAAAUGUACCUAAUGGAAGGAGUAAUAGAAGGUG